CAGGCUGUUAGGCAGGUUGCCUGGGAGCUGGCUGCUGGGAGCUAGGAUCCAACAGUCAAGGUCCAUGCGGGGAUUGGCGACAGCUCAUUGCCCUCCAGCAGGACAGUCUGUGAGGCUGUAGGAGAAGCUGCAGCUGCAGGCGGACCAAGCCCGGUGCAGGAUGAGGCUCUGGCUGCUGGCGGGUUUAGUGGCUGUGCUCGCCCUCGUGGCGGUGGCUGGGGCCGACCUGGGGGACGCGAGGGAGCUGGAAGAUGCGCCAGAUACACCAGUGAGAGCCAGGAGACAAGUGGAGAAGCAGCGGCGACCCAGACCCAGACCCAGACCCAAACCUACCUGGAGACCAGGCUUCAUGGUUGCUCUAAGCAAGGAAGUGGAUCCGCUGCGAGUGAGGAGAGAGGACAGAAAACGCACACCCUCACCUUCCAAACCCUGUCCUGGCUGCUAUUCUCCUCUGAGGAAGGAUCUGCUGCGAGUGAGGAGGGAGGACAGAAAACUCACACCCCCACCUUCCAAACCCUGUCCUGGCUGCUAUUCUCCUCUGACCAAGCCAGAUACACCAGUGAGAGCCAGGAGACAAGUGGAGAAGCAGCGGCGACCCAGACCCUGGAGACCAGGCUCCAUGAUUCCUCUAGGCAAGGACGUGAGUUUUCUAAGGCCUGCCAAGGUGGAGGUCCAGGAUUCAGAAGUGAGAACCAGGAGGGAAGCUGAGAGACGUCCGCAACCGCGACCCAGAUCCAGAUCGAAUCCUCUAGGGCACUCACCUUACAACUACGGCUAUAUGACUCUUCUUGCUUCACCCUCCAAUGUGAGCCUCCAGGGGCCUGCUCUACCAGGGCGAGGCAGGAGGGCGGUUGAAGGAACUCAGCCGCGCACACUAAAACCCAAGCGACCCCGGCUGCCCUGCUCGGGCUGCUACAGCCCUCUAGAGUCCCUCAAGGACAACCAUCAACAAGGGAGAGUUAAGAGGGAAGGCAGGAAACCGCAGCAAGCCAGACCCACAAGGAAACCAACUUGGAGACCUGGUUCUGGGUCCAUCAUAGGCUGGAGCCCUCCUGAGGAAGUCAAAGACAAGCUCGCCGCCCCCAAGCUCCCCUGUCCCAGCUGCCAUGGCUCUGUAGCCCCCGGCCAGGAGGGGCGCUCUGCUGAGGGGAUCCUGAGCCCCAGGCCCAGGAGAGAAGACGAAAGGCCCAUGGCGGCAAAGCGUAAAGCCAAGCAGAGAGCAAGAGACGGGCUCUACUGUGCUGGCUGCUAUUCCAGCCUCACGCUGCGGGACCAGCCUGCCCCCGUGAGAGAGGAGGCGGACGGAGCAUCAAGCAGAGAUUAGCUACUGCACCCACCUGAGGUGGAGUCCUUCCAGACCUCACAUCCCUUGUGUAGCUAGACAGCAGCCCACCCCUCCCCUCCACACCCCUGAGAUCAGUUACACAGGAUCUGGAUCCCAACCCCCUUCCCCCUCCAGCUGGCACAAACGCACCCUGCUUCUCCUGCUGCGGAGCUGGGAUGGAACCAAGGCCCCUUUCUCUGAGUCCUGCAAACCCACAAUCCCCACCCUCCCCUGCCUCGUUCCCAGGAAUAGACAAGGGGAGCGCGGGCCGCACGGGGACCAGAACGGCCUGUCCCGUGGGGCCCUCCGGCCUCCCAAGGCGCUGUGCGGGGGCAGAUAGAUUUAAAUGAAAUUAAAGCUACAUAUAAAGGGCUGAAUUCCCUGGGGUGUACGUGGGUCCAGCUCUGCUGCACUGAGUGGAACUGCGCCUGUUUAUACCUGAGGGGAACGUGAGCCAAGAGUGCAAAUAAACACAAAUAC